UGAUGGUUGGUUUUAUUUUUGAAGGUUACUACUCGUGGUCAAUCUAUUUCAGCUGUUGUUUAUCUCCGGAAUGGAUCAGUUGACUCCUACUCCCAUCAACCAACAGGGUUCGAAGAAGUACCAAAUCAAACAGACUACCCCAGAUGCGAAAAAGAAGCGGAGUAAACGAACUCCGAUGCGAACUGCGAUGGAUGUUGUCAACCGCAUUAUAUGGGAUGAUGAAAUUCCUCAGGAUGCUGUCACUAUAGGCUAUGAGGAUCGAUUCUUGGGUAUCCUGGAAAAACCCUUUGAGGCGUUUUCAUGGGAACCCCUUGACAGUUUGGACUAUUACACGUUCGGGAUUCCAGAGCAUCGGAUUCAAUAUUUCAAAUAUAAGAAUAACGUAAUAUGGGACAAACGGAUCCUUUUGGAUAACGUAUUUGGCUCACAAGGUUCAGGGAUAACCAUACACAAUGUGAUAAGGCAACAGAACGAGGAUGAGGAAUCACAUAUAGCGAUGAACCAGAUUGAUUCACCGGAAAGUGACAUAGAGGAUGAUGGGAUAACGGUAUGGACUGGAACUUCCGGGGACAACCCGCGACUUGACAGAGCUGAUAAGAACGUCCCUAACGAGGACUCGGACGAAGACACUGAUGACGCUGAUGCCUAUUGGCAAAACAAAUUGCGCCCGAAUUUCUUUAUCUGCCAUCGAAUCGACUCAUCCGAGUUUGUGGAGCAAGCAGUCAAACUCCAGUCACAUGUGUGUAAGUGUGAACCUGCUUUCAAAAGUUGUUGCAUACCUCCGGCAGCCUACCACAUGACGUUGCGUACACUUCGUUUGGAUAAUGCUGAACAGGUCUCUGAAUGUGUAUGCGCUCUGAAGUCAGCCCAUGAGGAACUGCAAGACCUACUUCCAACCGAACCACUAUCGAUCCGUGGCAUCGGGAAUUUUCAUGGGCGUGUCGUCUAUGCCGCAGUGGAACCAAAUCAGCAGCUAGUAAACUUUGUAGACCAUUUGGAUCUGGUUUUGAACUCCUGCGGCCUACGUCCGACGGACGGUCGAGAUUUUGUGCCGCACAUUACCUUGGUUAAGGUUUCUAUGCUUCGUUUCGGUCCAUUCUUUCCAGGCAUGGAUGUUAGCGUGUUCCCGUCUAUUUUUGCGGAGGCACAUUCAAAGGAUUCAGCUCGUUUCGCUUUGGCUCUACGCCGUAUUGUUGAAGACAUGCAGGAAACGUUCAAUUGGUUGGAGAAGUGCAACAAACCUGUAAUCGCCGCUAUCCACGGUGCUUGUGUCGGCGGUGCUGUGGAUAUGGUUUGUGCUGCGGAUAUCCGGUACGCGUCCGAGGAUGCCUGGUUCCAAGUGAAGGAAUUGGAACUGGGCAUUGCAGCUGAUAUUGGCACGUUACAGCGUUUACCCCUCUUGUUGGGUAGUGACAGCCUCGCCCGUGAGCUGAUCUACACAGCUAGACGUUUCGAUGCUUCGGAAGCCCUCGCUUGCGGGUUUGUCAGCCGUAUGUUCAAAACUCCAGAGGAGACAGUACAAGAGGCGAUUAACACAGCCGUACAGAUUGGAAACCACAGCCCUAUAGCAGUUCAAACGACCAAACGCUCAUUACUAUUUUCAAGGGACCACGGUGUGAUGGAGGGAUUAGAUCAACUGGCUGACAUGAACCAAGUGAUGCUCCAGUCAACAGAUGUCGUCAAAGCAAUCCAGGCUGCUGCAAAAAAGCAAAAGGCGGAGUUUGACGAAUGCUAACUCGUAUUAGGUACCAUACGCUCUCGAAAUGAUCCAAUUAUUACUUGUGAUUGACUUGUUACUUACUGCAAGGAUAAUUUUAUGCUUUUGUAUACGGAAUAUCUUUUUUUCAUUGUAUCGAUACAAAUGGUGGUAACGUUUCCUCUACCCUUUUGAUGCGCGACAAAUAAAAC